CCGCUUCGCAGUGCGGAGUGGGUGUUUCAGAGGAGCACAGCAGGUGACGGAACUGGAGUGUAGGCUUGAAACAUCGCAACUUGAAACAUCUGUAUUUAAAGCCCCCAGGACUUGCUGUCAAUCGCCUGCUAUGUGCUUUUCUCAAGACUUUUAAAGCCACGUUAAAUUAAAGCACCUUUUCAUGAGUCCUGCAAGAGUUCUUCAUAUGCUCAGUCCCCCGGUUCCAGUUAUGCCCAUGGAUGUUGGUGUGCAGCUCUACAUCACCCAUUCUCCACCCCUGUGCAGCUUCCUGAGCUCCUAUGAAGACUUCAGGUCACAUCACCUGGUCAAUAGCUGCUACAAACCCCUGAGGCCCUGCCUGAGCUCCAAAGCCCACCUGGAGCCCCCCUUACUGGGCUGGCAAACACCAAAAUCCAAGGCCAAGAAAAAGGUUGUGUUUGCAGAUUCCCAGGGCAUGUCGCUAACAGCGGUGCAUGUCUUCUCCACCUUUGACAACAGAGUACCCCCUAAACCCCGCCUGCAUUUUGGCCUGGAAGAUCUGGAGAAAGUCACAGCAACUCUUCGAAUAAGCUCGGUCCAGAGCCAAAUUCUUGAUUUUCCACAGCCGGCUGGAGACUAUCUGGACUUCCGCAGCAGGCUGUUGAAAAACUUGGUUUGCUUGGAGAACUGUACCCUGCAGGAACGGGCCCUCACUGGCACGAUUAAAGUACGCAACGUGGCGUACGAAAAGUCUGUGCAGGUGCGGAUCACAUUUGACAUGUGGAAGAGCUACCAGGAAGUGAAAUGCACCUUUAUGAAUAAUGUCUAUGGUUGCCAGGAUACAGACACAUUCUCUUUUGCCAUUGAAUUGCCUAGCUAUGUGCCCCCUCAGAAUAGGGUAGAAUUUUGCAUUAGCUAUAGAACUGGAGACCAGACAUACUGGGAUAACAAUGAAGGCCGAAAUUACGGACUGGUUUCAACAUCUUUGCAACAAAACAAAAAGGGGAAUUCAUCAACGCAGUCAAAGAAAUCAGAAUCUUGGAAGACAGGCAGGAAAACAGACAAAGGGGUUAACAAAUUUGUUAGUCCCCUUCACCCCAAAAACAUUAUUCCCAAAUGGCAGUGUUGGGAGGACUUUGACACUAGUAACCCCUACUGGUAAUUUAUGCUGUCAUAAAGAACCCAAAAACAGAUUAUCCCUAAUGUUUUAUCAACUUUAUCAGUAUUAAGGUAUAACAGAAAAAGCAUAUGACCUAUUUAUUUAAAGCUCUUAUAAUAGUUUAUGUGCUGUCUAACAUAAAUUUCCAUGAGAUGUUUGUAAGUCAAAAGGGAACAGUGUUUGAAGAGACAUCAAAAGUAACCCUUGUUUAUUUUCCAAAUUAAUUACAUUAGUUGCAAUGUAAUGUAAAUAUUUUGCUAAUGUAAAACUUCAUAAUCCCUUCAAUACUGUAAACCAGACCUCUGUGGAGUAAUAGCACAUAUUUUGAUUGGUUCAUUGAAUAAAAUUUGCCUUAGUCUUAAAUGCCUUUGUGUGCCACGCAUGCAGAAUGUGCACUAUUAAGAAAAAUAGAAAUCUAAGUGAAAAGUCUAAUAUUUAAUACUUUAGGAAAGAGGAACAGUUAGUUUGCAACCAGGAAGAUUGUCCUUCACAUUGAAAGGGUAAAGUUUACUUGGUUACGAACUGUAGAAGGUAAAAAAUAAAUUUAAUAAUACAUUUAUUGUAUUUAAUAUUUUCUCAAUGAAAAUGUACGAAAAUCAGUUUAUCAAUGCAUCUGUGCUUCAAAGUGCCUUUUUUGUUUAUGUUUGUGUUGGAUAUGGAAAUCUUAAUGCUGGAAUGAAAACGAUACUGUGCCAUCGGAUUCUGUUGCAAAGGAAUAUGUGAUGUGUAAAAUGUUAAAUUGUUUUAAGUGCAAUUCAGUAAGACAGAGCAGAAUGGUUUGUGAUGUCUAGAUUCAAAGAUGUCUAGAUCUUGACAAGAUAAGAAUGACUGUAUUUUAUUAGGGAUCGAAUGGAUGUCUGGUUGCAUGUGGUGGAAUGUUUGUAAAAUAAAUAAAUCACAUUGUCAAA